CCAAUUUUAGUAUAUGUGCUGCCGAAGCGAGCGCAGUAGCAGGACUUUUAAGCUACAUUGAAUGGAUCUUCCCUGCUCAACCACUCCAUUUAACAGUCUCUUCAGAAACAGUUUGUUGCUUUGUAGUUGACAAUGAGGCAGCCUAUUCAUUUUAAUGGGUUGCUGUUGUUUGUUGCCUCAUUUUCUCCCAUGAUUAUUAUUCUAAAGAGAUUCGAUGUCUUUUUUUAUUCUUCUGCUUGUAGCUCUGUUUCAGGAUGCUCUUAAAUGUUAGGAAACAAAUGUGUGCCAUAAAUCAUAUUUUAAGGGAAGAUUACCAACUAAUCUUAGGUGCUGGGUAAUAAGAGUUGGAGUCCCUUCAGGCCAGUUUUAGAAAGUAAAUAAUAAUUAAACAAAAUCUCAGACAGGUUGUGGAAUAUGGCAGAAUUUUAAAAGUCAAUAGCUUGUCUUGCCUCCUCAUUUUUCUUACAAAACAACAGUUUAUCAUCAUCAAGAGGCAGGGUGCUCAGGUUGAAGACAUGCAAAAUUAGGGUUGGCAGACCCCCCCCCCCAGGCCUGACCUGAAGUCUCCAAGUUUGCCUGGCUGGCCCCAGGUGGCAGAGGGAGGGUUUGAAUUUCCAGGUGGGUGAGAGCCCCUAUUUUAAAAAGUUAACAAACUGAUUGCGUGAGCAGCUUGCAAAUUUCAGCCUGGUGGGAGAUGACUGCAAAUUAUUGCAUAGACUCUAGUCUAGUCAGAGGUGGGGGGGCAUUAUUAUUUUUAAUGCUAAACAAGCACACAAAUAAAUCACUGCUGUGGUACACCCACAGUUGUGAGUCCCAAGCUUAUGAUUAUGUAUCCCCACCUGUUGCCAUUAGCUGCAGCCUACCUGUGACAUCAUGAACGUACAUGGCAGCUGAGUGGACAUAAAGGUGGGUCUUUUCCUCUUCUCCAACAGAACACAGUGUGCAACAGCUGUGACAUUCAGCAUUGUCUUGUUUUCUUCCACUUGUAGGAGGAGAAUUGGCAGAUGCGAUGAUCUGGUUGUGAGAUGCUAUGGAGUGAUAAUAAGGCAAGGUCACUUGCUGAGCAGGACUGCAGCUUAAAGACAGCCAAUACCCACAGCUGGAAAAUGGCUGAUGUCUAGUGAUGGACUUAACGGAAGCUGGCAGGUGUUGGUGGGUGGAAAGUGAUAAAGAUCAUAUUCAGAAGCCAGUGGCUGGAGCUGGCUGGUGUUCAUGGGUAUAAGCUGCUUGGAUUUCACCUUUGGAAGCUAGUCAACAGAAGCUGGUGGAAAUUUGUCAGUUGAAGCCAGGGCAUGAAUGUGAACUGGUGGAGAGUGAAAAAUGUAUGAACAUUUUUUGCUGGUGUUUUUCAUGGAUGUAGGCUGGCAUAUGCUUGUGUGUUUGAAUGGCCCCUAUAAAAAUGGGAGGUUUCAGUUGCGGUCAGGACAAAUGAUGUGUGUAUCUGUAUGAAUGGUGGAUAUUCAUGAACAGAUGAAACCCAUGGAAGAUGGCGGGCUGAAGUCAGCAGAAGAAGUUGCCAGGUAGAAGUCACUCGAGGUGUCUGGAUGCUUUCAGGUGGUAGCCAUCCCUUUCACUUGUCUCUGGUUCCCCCCCUUUCAGGGAUAUCUGAAGCCAGUGAAGCUUUCUUGAGACUAUAGAUGAGAGCAAUGAAGAGAUGUCAUAGGGUGGUCUGAAGCUGGUAAGGCUUUCUCAAGAGCUCCCUGCUCCACCCCCUGUGAAAGAAAGAAGGGAACUGCAGAGCUUAAAUGCCAGCCAGUGUAUAUACCGGUACCUAAAGAAGUGUGUGUGUGUAACACACACACACACACACACACACACACACACACACACCUACCUGUAGUGCCCACUCUACAGAUAACAGAAGGUCAAACAGAUAACAGAAGGUCAAACACCUGAGCUUAUGGUGUGCCCCCCACACCCCCUGUAUCUGUACACAUGAAGGCUGAGCUGUAAAUAUUUUUAAUGAUAAACCCAUAAACCAGGCAACUAGCAGCCUUUAAGCCAAAUCUGGUCUCAUGGGCAACUAAAUGGCCCACUUCUCUUUCCUGACCUUUAAGUACAGGGAAAAGAGUCUUUAAGCCAAACAAAGCUUCUUUGCAGCUGGCUUUAACUGAGUGAAGAAAUAUUCUCCUUUACAGAUGACAAUAUUCUGUUUGAGGGACUUUCAAAGCACAGUCCUCUAUUGGGAGGGCUGUCUGACCCAAGUUUGGCCAGGAAGAGUUUGCUGGUCAGUUUUCUCCACUAUGCUGAAAUGUAAAUUAUGGUAAUUAUUUGCACAUUUGCCUUUCUCCACAUUAGUUAGCAUAUUCAAAUUUUAUGCAAAUCUCCUGCUUUUUUUGUAAUUAGUUUUCUCAUUUUGGGCAAUACGUAAGGGACAACUCUAUGGGAGACUGCCACAUGGGCUACAUAUUUCUUGCAGGGUGUAUCUUCCACCUGGCUCAGAAAUCUAGUUAAUCUAGUUUAAGAAUACAGUUGUGUUAACAAAGGGGAUGGAGAAAGGACUUGAGUCCUUGUCUUUCUAGUUGGCCAAGUACCUUCUUCUAGUUUGGAUGAUACCAUGACCUCCAGCAGCAAGAAAUGUAACAAUCUCAUCCCAUUCCAACACAAACCAAGGCAUUCUAUGAAGCUGCCUGAAAGUAACUUAUGUUGGUCCACUUUGACUGGCAGCAGUUUCAUCCACUCUGACUGGCAGCAGUGAAUGCAGCAGAUCUUAUCAACUCUGCAGAAUCAGAUGAACAUUUGGAAGUGCUGCUGCUCUGAUUAAUGGAUUCCUAUGUCAAUGGCUCUCAGCUACUCAUAGGUCUUACACUUCCUGGCUAAGCAAAAGGGGCAGCUCAGCAUAUUAUUAGAUUUGCUGUUUUAUUUAAAGAUGGCUAAGGCAUGGUGCAUCUUUGCUUACCUCUGCACAAUAAUCUGUAUGGGGAAUAAGAUAUGAUAAGUAAUUCCUCGGUGCAGGAUAUAGACUAGAUGGCCUCAGGGCUCAUUCUAGCUCUUUGGUUACAAUUCCACUAGCUCCCAAAGCUUAUAUAGCUUAAAUUGAGUAAUGUACUUUAAGAAGUAUAAAGAAAAUUUGAUGCUGAUGAAAAAGUACAUAGGGCCAAGGAUGAGAAACAAAGAAUUUCAUCUUACUAAAACCUUUUGUUGUCUUUUAGGGAGCAAACAAAAUAUAUUCCACAAGUACUGGGAAUUAUUUUUUUCUUGCUUGCUGAACCCAAUAUAGAAGAAAACAAAAGAAUAACUCACUUAGGAGGCUGGCAUUGUGCAUUUGUAAAGGCAACCGCUUUCAAACAGAUAAUGAAGAAGGCUUGGCUUAUGUGGUGAGUUCUUUAUAAACUCAUUUCCUUCCUGGAGUUCAGGAAUUAUUCUACUUUGGCCAUUGCUGCAAGACUGGAAGAAGCUUCAGUGGGAAGACGCCAGCAUUUAUUUUCUUUCUUUUUUUAAGAAAUAAGGUAAGGUGUGCAAUUCAACCAUCUUUUAGUUUAUAGUUCUAUGAGAAAACUUGGCAUUACUUAAGUUUCUUAUUAAAUCACACAGGAUACUCUGCUGCAUAGCAUUUGUUGGUACUUCUGUUUGGCAGUUGGAAACUCUCUUUUCAUUUUCCACUAGAUUUCAUUUCAAGUUCUCUCCUUGGAUAGAUUCACACACACAAAUUACUGUUGUUUUUUGUGAGCUAUCAGUAUUCCAGGAGAAAACCAUUGCAGUGGUAUCUUGGGCGUAGCCAGGAUUUUUGUUAGGGUGGGCAGAACUAACGUGAUUGGUCACUUAGUUAAGUAUUUCUAUUGUUUUACUUGAUCUAGGGGGGCAGCUGCCCCCUGCCCCCCCGGCUAUGCCCAUAAGUGGAAUGGAGUGUAUGAUUAGUUCACUGUUAUGGCUACAUAGCUCAACGAGGUGGCAUGGCCCUCUGACCAGACUGGGGUCACAAUGGGAGACCAAGGGUUAAAGCCCACUAAUGCCUGUGCCUGGGUCUUAAUCUGGGCUGGGUCCCUGUGCUAGCUAUUUUUGAAAGAAAAUUCAUGUGCUUAAGAACAUGAUUAACAUAUUGCCAAGUUUGAUCCUUACUGGGCUUUACUAAGCUUGUAACUCUUGUUCUCACCAAUAUAAAAUUAAGCUCUGGAGUAAAUGUGGUGAUGCCGAUCUGGUGAAUUGCCCACUUUUAGAGAUAUGAGCCGGUUAUUUCCUUAAAUAUGUGGCUUUCAGCACAUUUAAAGCAUUUCAUUUCAGAAGUGUGUGCUGUAAACUUGUUUUCUUCAACUUAAAUCUCUGCCUAAUAUAUGUAAUAAUAAAACUUGUGGCUCAGGAAACAUGACCUAUAUUUUUCACAAUGAUAGAGAUGAACUUUAAAAGACCCUUCUGUACCAGAGUAGAUAACUUUCAUUACACCUUCAGUAUGUACGCUCCCCCAACGACUUUUAAAAGGCUGAAAAUAAUACUCUAUCAGGCUGGGGAAAGCCGUCCUAAACAGAAUGGUCAAAAACUGAUGUUUCUGUUGGAUCUUCCUCUUUUACCCUGAUCCAACUCAUUGUGCUUAAAAAUGUAUUUAUAUAUGUGACUAUUCUGUUGAAAGAUGCUUAGAGACAAUUUACAUUAUUGAGCUGGCAGAGUGAUAAUGUAAGCUGAAUUAUAUUCCCUAAAUUCUGCUUGUUGUGAAGUAAUUAUGUCAUUAUUUCAACAGUACCAUGCACUGUCUCUCUGUGUCUCUUACACACACACAGUUCCACAUUUACCCUGCCAAAAUUAGACUCAUUGCAUUUUGUGUGACAUCUAUAAGAAACAACCACUAUAUACAAAUGCCCCCAUCCAGCUAAGGAGAUAGAUCCAUGCAUAUAAGCAGGCUUAAGCAUGCGUAUAUGUUAGUGGAUCAGGAACCAUAGAUGUAAUUCCAAUGCAUAUCAGAAUAAAAAUUUAGCAAACACCAUCUAUCUGCACUACAGUGCUUUCAAUGGGUUGGCAAUCUUCAUUCUGGCACAACUAGUCAAACACUUUUUUUUUUUAGCACAACAAGAUGGAUCAGGGUGUUCAGGUAAUGUAAAAGGCUAUUUGUUAAUAAAAAGGAAGGAUGGACACAAGAGAAAUGGCAUAGAACUCCAGGCUGGUUUUGCAUGUUCUUGUGAACACUUGAUAAUUCAGCACUUCAGCUCAGCGUGUUGACUUCAUUGGAAAGCUGUGCAUUUAAAGUACCAUCAAUCAGGUGCUAUGGAAUUUCUAUCUAUACUUGAUCUGUGAUGCAUCCAUUCAUACUUGAAAAUCACUAUGGUGCUGCUGCAGUCAUAUGGUGAGCACGCAUGUGUGAGUCAGCCCUCAGAGACAGAACAGAGAAAGAUGAGGAGAAAGGAAAUUAGGGUAAUUUGGAGAGAAGUAGAUAAAUACAAACAACCACUUUAACCUCCAUCUCUAUCUAAUGCAUGGUAAAACUAAAAUCCUCAUCACAUGACAAUAUGAUACAGAAAGAUACCCUGCAGUGAGUCUUUCUUCAUAGUUUGGCAUGUUCAGGAAACUAGUUCAAUAAGUCAUUAUAUGCAGAUUGUAGGAAGUUCUGAAGUUUCAACCCUAUAUAAAACCAGCUUCUUCUAAACAUGAAGUAUCUUUUUUAAAGUAAUUUUUUGGGCAAAUGGCCACAAAUGAGAACACUGAAGCUUCUGACUGCUCAGCAACUGAUCCGAAUAAAAUGAGGAAUCUGAACAGUGCAAAGAAAUCAUCCUAGCACUUCUGAACAUAUGGAAAGGCAAGAAUCAGUGGCUGGUACACCAGACACUGAUCAUCUUCUAUCCUCUGUUACCUUGAUAUUUCAAUGGAAAACCAAGUUCCUGAACCAAAACCACUGACCAGAUGAGUUGCUAUUCAAAUAUCCCCCCCCCCAAUUUAGCCAUGUACUCUGGGCAACACCAUUUUCUAAAAUAAUGGGUUAAACAAGAGGGAGUCAACGUAGUGCCCUCCAGAUGUUGCUGAACUACAACUCCCAUCAGCCCCAGCCAGCAUAAUCAAUGGUCAGGGAUGAUGGGAACUGUAGUCCAUGAAGACCUGGAAUACUUGGGGUAACCCUGAAUAUUAUACAAAAAAAGCAUGAAUCUCUUCUAUGUCUCUUGUUGCCACUUCUCCAUAUCAUUUGAGGAUGCUGAAUGCCAUAUACUGUACAGGAGCAAUUUGUGCAGCAUAUUUUCAAAGAAAUUCUAGAAUAUCUAUUGGUAGAAUCCAGUGGGCAAAAUUUUGCAUUCUUUUUUUGCUGUAAAAGACAGAGCAACAAAUUGCAUUGUUCCUAUUCUUGUCCCACAGCUGCGAUCAUGAACAAAGUAAAGAUCUCCUCCAAUGCUGGGAUACUGGUCAUGCUACUGUUAUUAAGCACAGCUCAACCCAAGCCCUGCCCUCCCUGUUUGUGUGAGCAGCAGGAAGACCUAAGGGGUUGGAUAUUAAACUGCAGCUCUAUGGGGCUGAAGGAAAUGCCUCCCCUGUCAUCGGAAUUAUGUCACUCUUGCCAUACCAUCAACAUUCUUCAUCUGCAAAACAACAGUUUGACGACGGUUCCUCUUGGUGCACUGGACCACUUAAUUUACCUGAAAGAAGUUGAUUUCUCCAACAACCCUUGGCACUGUGACUGCUCUAUUUUAUAUUUCAAGCAGUGGCUGGAAGACUUCAGUAUCGCUUCUCUUGCCAACCUUCAGUGUGCAUCUCCGGCUUCUGUAAAAUCAAGAGCCUUGAGUCAGCUGACUGGGAAUGAACUGGAAGGAUGUAGGAAGCCUCAACCAAUCAAAUGCCUUGAUUUCUUUUGGAGAGACUUUGCUCUUAUUUUUGUGGCAAUUAUUGUCUUAAUUUUAGCAAAGUGCAUUCUACAAUACUCAAAAAAAUUAACUUCCCAAGCUGCCAGGAAGCUACAUCCUUUUGAAGUCCCACUGCUGCAGAUUCAUGACCUGGAAAAACAGAAAUCAAAAUGAGCUGCUGCGGUGACUAAUAGCUCUUCAGUAAGAUUACCAAAGUCAUCUGUUGAAAAGGUUGUGUUUGUUCAGGCUCCAAGCGCAUACAGAGCCAUGACUAAAUGUCCCUUAGGCUAAAGAAAUAGCACCAGUUAUAUUCUGUUUGUUCUUGCUGAUUACAUAAGAACUUGUACAAUGUAUGUAGUUACUUUACGUUUUCCCAAAUGGCAAUACCCACACACUACCCUUGAUGCUUCUGUGAGCCACUGGGGUGAAACCAAGGAUAACCAAAUUCUGUUAGCUGUGUAAAUAAUUAUGUAGUAAUUAUUACUACAUGUGCUAAUACCAUAGCAUGGGGUAAUGGAAAUGUGCUCUCAUGCACCAUGGCUUCUACUGCUGUGGCACUCAGCCGUAUAAACAUUCCCAAAGAUAAUUAAUAAUAUCACUGCUAUGCAAACAGAGCUAUGUAUAUGAAAAAAUAGAGUUUAAGUUAAUCUCAAACUAAAUUAGGUACCAGGCCAAAGAAUUUAGAACCCUAAACUCACGCUCUUGCCUAAAAGGGAUCUGGAUUAGAGAGCUCAGUUUGCUGUUAUCUCUCUUUUAUGUUGCAUCAUUUAUUAAUGUCCUAUAGCAAACUAUUUUAGAGCCCAACCAAAAGCCUGCUGUGAUUGGGAUAGAAUUUAUGGUGUGUAUUAAUGUAUCAUAUACCCCACGAAUAUACUCUGAAUAGAGAACACCAGUUCUAAAAGUAUUUGUCUUUUAAGCACGUCUGUCUUCAGGAAAUGGAUGACUGAAUUUCAUGGCUUUGUCACUGAAACUUUAGUACUCUUUACUGAUGAGUCUUCAUCCAUUGCAUACUGUUGCUAACCAGUAAGCCCAAUAGUGACUUUGCUUGCAAUAAUGUUAGUUAUGAGUUUACAGUUGUAACGGUCUGUACACCCCCUGCUUCAAGACACCAUGCUGGCUUUAUUAGGAUGCAUCAGGAUGCCUUUUGUUAUUUAAGAGGACAUAAAUCCUCAAAAACGAGCAAGGUGUUUGUUGGCUUAAAUAAAGCAUGCUGGUAGAUCUCGCUCAGCAAGUUCUGUGGCAUGUUUCCACAGCUAUUCUUUUUCCAGUUUCAUUACUUAAACACACACACACACACACACACACACACGGGGGGGGGAUUGCUGAGUUCUCACUUAGUGCCAGAUAUAUUUCAGAGCAAGGAUGGGGAACCUUCCAGAUGUUGCUGGAUUACAACUCCCAUCACCCCUGACCAU